CGGGGGCGUGUCCUACUGGGCCCGGGCGCCGGCGCCUGGAGAGGGGCGCUUCUGUUGCGCCCUGGCCCGGGCGGCCGCAGAGGACGCGCGGCGGCGAGCAUGGAGCGCGAGCUGGAGGAGCUGGCGGCGCGGCCCCCGCGCCCGGCCGAGCCGCCCUUCCAGGCGCUGGUGGAGGCGGCGGGCGGCCGCGGGCAGGUGCUGCUGGUGGGCGAGCUGUGGGAGCGCGAGCAGAGCCGCGCACUGCUGCGGGACUUCGCCCGGGCCGUGUUCCCGCCGGAGCCAGGCGCGGGCAAGCCCGGCGGCGCGGGGCCCGGGGCGCCGGGGGCCGGGGCGCCGGGGGCGCAGAGGCCGCCCGGGACCGCGGCGGCGCGCGCCAUCCGCUCGCCGCUCGUCUUCGUGCUGUGCCGCGCGUCCUCGCUGACCGCCCGCGAGCCGCGGCGCCGCCUGCGGGAGAUGCUGCGGGACGUGCGCGGCCGGCGGCGGGCCGGCGCGGCGCUGGUCGGGGUGCUGGUGGCCGAGGCCGGGCCCGAGGACGCGGUGGCGCCGGGGCUGAGGCUCCUGGAGGCGCUCCUGCGCGCGGUGUUCGGCCGCCAGGCGGGGGGCCCGGUGCAGGCGGCCGCCUACCGCCCCGGCCACCCGGCCUCCAGCUUGGCCGUCCAGGCGGCCGCCUGCAGAGCGCUGCAAGCUGCGGGGCCCGCGCGAGCAGUGGCAGGAGCCUGGGAGAGACCCGGCCUCCCAGCACUGCUGGCGUGCUUUUCUUGGGGUCCCUGGAGCCGGGGGAAGGACCCAGAUGCCACCUCCCCCAGUGACCCAGCUCAGGAUCACCUCCAGGACCCUGAGGAGGAGCUGGCCCUGACAGACGUGUUUCCCAAUGGAGACUGUGAGGACCCCAGAAAGGGGCUGAGAGCCUGUGAUGGAUUUGUCCACGCUCCGGCUGAGCCCGCUGCAGACUCAAGAUGAAGGCCGGACACCCGGACUGCCUGGGCUCGAACCUGCACUCUGGGGACUGGCGCCUUCUCACUGAGCCCCCUUGCCUCCAUGGUGACCUUGGAAUGGUGGUAACCACAAAGGCCCCUGCUGCCAGGGGGCUGCCGCAUUGAGCCAGCUGGGAAAACUUAUUUUCCUGGAACCUGCCCCCACCUCAUAAUUUGCUCAAUCUCUGAUCACAGUGAGGUUAUUUGUUCUUUCUGUACCUCAGUUUCUCUGUACCAUUGGGACAGAUGGCUGUCUCCUUUGAGGCUCUGUGGUGCUGUGGCAGCCUGUGGUGUAUUUGCAUGAGCAUCCAUCAUUUCAAGUGCGACUGGAAAGAACUCUGGACCAGAAGUCAUCAGAUCUGGGGGGAGUGGUCUUAGACAUGUCACUGAACCUUUGUGGCUUCUGUUUCUCAAAUACCUGAGGGGACUACCAGCCCAGGGGCUCUCACCCAAGGGCCAGGCUGCUGCUCCAGGCAGCAUUGGAAACUUUGAGUGUGUGUGUGUGUGUGUGUGUGUGUGUGUGUGUGUGUGUGUGUGUGUUGGGAGGGUUACUGUAACUAUGAGGUGCCCUUGGCACUUAGUGGUUAUUUUACAACGUACAGGACAAUCUCAAACAGCCAAUUAUUGUUCCAUCCAAAUUGCUCAUCAUGGCAACCUUGAGAAACUCUGGAUGAGCCAAUCCCUUCUCCCUGUGAAAUUCUAGGAGUCGUCCCCUGGAGCAGAGAGGGUUGGGCUUCCCAAGACCCUGGCUCCCAGAGCAAGCCAAAAUAAAGACUGCAUUGCUGCCCUGGGGGCCUAUUGGGCCAGAGACAAGACAACCGAGUACUUUGCAUGCCCUCUCUCUUCCUCAUGUUGACAUUGAUCUGUGCCAAAGCCUUUGAGAAUAAGAAUGCUAGGAAUGGCCCACAGCACCAAACAAGGAAAGGUAGGAAUAAAGACAUGGGACUUUCUCUCGAUCUCAGGCCCUUGUCCAAGGUCAAAGCAAACCCAGCCCAGAGGUGCCAAGUUCCUGAAUCAUUUUUUCUCUGUUUAUGAGUCAGACAGGGUCAAUGAUGUUCCCUUAAAAGCCAGGAAAGCCAUCCGUUCACUUGUAGAAGGAGCUCUGCAUUACCUCCAUUGCCUUCCUUGCCUGUCCCUGGAGUUAAUACAGUCUUUGGAGUGGCAA